AUGCCGCGGGAAUUCGCCGCCCCUCUGCGUCCGUCGGGAGCUCUGGGAUGGCCCCAGGGAUCGGCCGGCGGCCGAGUGGAGCCCUGGGGGCGGAGAGCCGGGCUCCGUCUGCAAGACCUGAAAAAUGAGCUGGAGAAGAGGCAGGCGAAAAAAACCCCGGAGAUUUCCCACCCGGACACCCCGGCACAGGGGCAGGAAGAGAAGGAUCAGCAGCUGGAUGUGAAAAGCUCCUUCAGCAGAUGUGGAAAAGUGACUUUCCAGCUGCCCCUGGAUGCGGCUCCGGAGCCAGAGGAGCGAGUUUGUCAUUUCUCAUGGAGGAGCAGCGCCCUGAAGGAAACCCUGAGGAAGCUCCAAGCCAGCGUGACCCUGGACCCCAACACGGCUCAUCCCAACCUCGUCCUGUCCAAGGACGGGAAGAGCGUCUGGCACGGAGCCGGACGCCGCGACCUCCCGGACAGCCCGGAGCGCUUUGACUACUGGCCCUUCGUGCUGGGCCACCAGGGCUUCGUGGCCGGGCGGCACUGCUGGGACGUGGAUGUGGGGGACGGCGGCGACUGGGCCGUGGGGGUGGCCCGGGAAUCCGUGCGGAGGAAGGGGCGGCUCAGCCUGGGCCCCCAGGGCGGCAUCUGGGGCCUGGAGAAGUGGGGGGGACAGAUCCGGGCGCUGACCGGCCGCAAGGUGACCCUGGUGGCCCUGCGGUGGCUGCCCCGCAGGGUCAGCGUCCACCUGGACUGCGGCGCGGGCACCGUGGCGUUUUUCGACGCCGAGGACGGGGGGCUCCUCUUUGUCUUUUCCCGUGUGUCCUUCGCCGGGGAGAGGGUCCGGCCCUGGCUCUGGGUGGUGGGGGCCAGGUCCCAGCUCCGGCUCUGUCCCUGA